CGAAUUUUCGUUCGUACGUCAGGGCGAGUUUGACAGAGGACUUGGCGCAUAACAACCCGCAACGAUUCCCCUCCAAAAUGAUCCUGCAAGCAGCAAUACUCCUCGCUAGUCUGUCUGUGACUGCCGGUCAAGGAGGUAGCCUCUGUUGUCCACUACCGCAAUUCCAUGCAUUUCAACAUGUCACCACAGUCAACUCCACGUCCUCUAUGCGUAGUCUGCAAUCGUUCAUCUACGACGGUGUCAACCAAAGAUACGUCAUCAGCGGUGACCUCAACUUCGACUACAUCGGUACCACCAAAGUAAUCUACGACUACAAUAAGAGAACUGGUUACCGUAUAAAUACAGAGACACGUGUUUGUACAACAUUCCCCCUUGGGGGAAAUUUCAAAGAGCAGGAAAAUGUUUGCGUUCCAAGUGGCGCAGUUUCGUCGGGCCCUCUCUAUUAUGGCUACGGCCAGGGCAGGCUAGCUUCAUUGUCGUACAGCUACAACACCACCACCGCCGAUGGGAGGCAUCAGGCUGUCGUGGCUACCGUCACAAAGGAAGGCUGUUUUCCAAUCAUCAGCACCACGACCACAACCGGCGGCCAAGGUGGAAACGCUCUUAAAGUUCUCGGGUACGCCUACAUUUAUCCGGGAAACCCGGACGUCACUGUCUUCGACAUCCCGCCCUACUGCACUGUGUGAUACCGACAUUACUGAAGAGAUACAGUGGGAUCUGUCUCUCUAAAGUCACUGUCAGAAUGUAUCAUCUUGCAAGAUGUACAUGAUAUGAAUAAUAAAACUUCUUUAAAAAAAAA